AUGGGAGUGGAAUCGGAUUCGGAUUCUGAUUCGAGUAUAGAUUCGUAUUUCAAAGUCAGAGUAGAAAUGCCUAAAUACUCUGAUAUCGAGGUGCCGAGGUGGCGAAAGUUGACGCCUGAAGAGCUUGUCGAUAUGACGCGCCAUCCAGACUCUUGCGAUUGUUGCACUAGUACUCGUUUGGAAACUUUGGUUGCAAGAAAGCAUUUGCGGUUAGCAAAAGAGGAGCGAUUGUAUUUUGAGGGAAAGCGACGUGAAAUGCCAUCUGUAGACUCCGAUGACGACUCCGAAGUUGAAGGAGGAGACCUGAACCCAUUGUUGAAAUGCACUUUAAAUGAAUCUGAACGAGCACUUUACGACCGCUCACCGCACAUUCCUAGUGGACGGGAACCUCCGCAAAGACCACGAUGA